GAACAGGUAAAGUGCUAAUUAAAACCUCUGCUCGCACUUCGACUCUCUGCCGCCAUCGUGAUUUUUUUCUGUCCCUUUUAUCUUAAUCAAACACAUAUGUCACUUCCGCCCUCUUUCACACGCCAUUUUGAACGGAACAUGUUAAGGAUAGGGAUGCAUUGUUAUAGGAAAUGCCGCGAGUGCGUUAAUUGUGCUUAAUUAUUACUAUUAUUUAGAAUGAGGUAGGCUGUCGUGAUAUGCGUGCUUUUUAUAUCGGCAAAGUUUCCCUGUCGGCGCUUCAGCAGGAUUUCUAGAUGAGUUGCAGUAAAUCCCCGCCAGUCGAACAAGCAGAGGCAGACAGCUCCGGGGUCGGAUAGUGGCAGGAGUCGAGCUCCCUCUUUCGGUGUGGUGUGUCCGCCUCGGCAUCGCUUAGUCCGGAGAGCCGGCUGCAGGCUACAGGAGGAGGGACAGCACGGGGAUCGCGCCGCUUGUGCUUUGUCUCUCAGCAAUUGUGCUGUGUGAGGCGACUACCUCAGCGGGAAGCCGAGUCCGAGCCAGGUGGGCAGCAUGUUCCAACUCCCAGUUAACAACCUUGGCAGUUUGCGGAAAGCCAGGAAAAAUGUAAAGAAAGUACUGGGGGAUAUUGGCUUAGAGUUUUGCAAGGAACACGUUGAGGACUAUAAAGACUUUGUCCCCAAUGAGUUCUACGUCAAGAACACCACAUGGGAUGAUGUGUGUAUGUGGGAUCCUUCUCUUACAAAAACACAAGACUACCGGUCAAAGCCAUUCUGUUGUUCAGACUGCCCAUUUUCUUCUAAGUUCUUUUCUGCUUAUAAGAGCCACUUUCGUAAUGUCCACAGUGAGGAUUUUGAGAAUCGUAUCCUUCUUAACUGCCCGUAUUGCACUUACAAUGGGAACAAGAAGACCUUGGAGAUGCACAUCAGACUCUUUCACAUACCCAACAAUGCGGUGCGCCAGAGGACUGGGGGCCUCCAAGGAGCAAUAGCUGGCCUGAAGGAUGGUAAUCGCCUGGACAAGCCUCGAGACAGUAUAGAGCAGGCAGUGUACUACUGUAAGAAAUGCACUUAUAGGGACCCACUAUACAAUGUGGUGCGCAAGCACAUAUAUCGGGAACACUUCCAACAUGUUGCUGCUCCGUAUUUGGCUAAACCUGGCGAGAAGACAAUGACUCCUAAUGGAUCAACAGCUAGUCCUGACACAGGCAAAGGUAGCAUUACAGAUUCUAAUAGCCCUGCAGGUGCUAGUAACAGUAACAGCUCAGCCAUCCACUGUAAGCGGUGCCUUUUUGUACCCCGUACUUAUGAGGCACUAGUGCAGCAUGUCAUUGAGGACCAUGAACGCAUUGGUUACCAAGUUACUGCCAUGAUUGGCCAUACAAAUGUUGUUGUACCUCGUGCCAAGCCUGUUAUAAUGGUGGCCCCUAAAUCCCAAGUAGACAAAACUGUCCCUAGUGCUACAACAAAGGGCACUUUGGUGACCUCUGGGCUGCGGCCAUUGUCUACACAGCAGUUGAGUCGUAUCGUAAUUCCUAAAGGGAGUUUGAACUCCACUCGGCUCUUAUCAGGUGUUAAUUUGAAGUCGGGUACAUUUGGCUUGAAAUCUGGCACGACUCAGGCAGUGUCCAUUGGGGGACAGCAAGUGCGCAUUGCUUUGCCAGGCAGUGCACAACUUUCAGUGACCCAGCAAUCCCAAACAUCCAGACCUCAACUUUCUUCUAAUAGUCUACGCAGCCCAAUUUCUGCAUCAACAUCUGCUUCUGUUCUGAAGAUUCCUCCACUGACCUCACGAAUCCAGGCAGCUGCUGCUAGUGUAACAUCUGCUGCUCCCAGGAAAGGCAUCUCUGUCCUGGGCACAUCUUAUACUCAGAAAUGGAAGAUCUGCACAAUCUGCAAUGAGCUGUUUCCGGAAAAUGUGUAUAGUUCUCAUUUUGAGAAAGAACACAAAGCUGAAAAGGUGCCAGCAGUGGCCAAUUACAUCAUGAAGAUCCACAAUUUCACCAGUAAAUGCUUAUAUUGCAACCGCUACCUGCCUAGCGACACGCUACUCAACCAUAUGCUUAUCCAUGGUUUAUCAUGUCCAUACUGCAGGGCUACUUUCAAUGAUGUAGAGAAGUUGGUGGUACACAUGCGAGGCUCACAUCCCAAUGAGUCUGUUGGGGUACGCACCGAUUCCCCACUGACUUUUGAUCUCACCCUUCAACAGGGAAACCCCAAGAAUGUCCAGCUGAUUGUCACCACUUACAAUAUGAGGGAUGCUCCUGAAGAGUCUGUGGCAUUCCAUGCCCAAAACAAAUCCUCACCCCCUACACAGGGAAAUAAGCCUCCAAAUCCACGCUUCCCAAAGAUACCUACUGAGACCCCAGAUGCAACAGUUGUUAAGAGUGGACCACAGACAGCUGUUCCCUAUAAGAGAGAUGUGGGCAAGACCCUUUGUCCACUCUGCUUCUCCAUUCUGAAGGGUCCUAUCUCUGAUUCCCUUGCACACCACUUGAGGGAGAGACAUCAGGUGAUACAAACGGUGCAUCCAGUGGAGAAAAAGCUAACCUAUAAGUGCAUACAUUGUCUUGGUGUCUACACCAGUAACAUGACGGCCUCUACUAUCACAUUGCAUCUAGUGCACUGCCGGGGUGUGGGCAAAACUCAGAACGGCCAGGACAGCAGGUCUUCAACUUCUCGGUUUGUCAAGGCUCAGGGAGCUUCCUUAAAACGGGCCGGCUUUCAAAACGAUGGCGAAACUGACCCAAAGAAACGCAAGCUGGGGCCAGAAGAUUACACUCAGUCAGGCCCACAUGCCUUAAUUGAGCAAAAAGAGGAGCCUGUUGUCUUGGCCUUAAACCCAAAGGGCCACGAGAAUGAGUCCUAUGAGGCUCGCAAGGCUUUUCUCACCCAGUAUUUUAACAAGCAGCCCUACCCCACUCGCCGAGAAGUGGACAAGCUAGCAUCCAGUCUCUGGCUGUGGAAAUCGGAUGUUUCAAGCCAUUUUGCAAAUCGACGAAGGAAAUGUGUUCGUGACUGUGAAAAACAGAAAGUUAGUGUUUUGCUUGGAUUCAAAAUGCACCAUGUUAUGCAGUUACAGCACGUAAUGGACUUUGACACCGAGUGUUACUUUGAAUCCCAUGAAAAGGAGCAAAAAAGUCGGACAUCUAGGGAAAUCAUAGGCAGAUCUGCCGGUGCGAUUAGACUGCUUAAACAACAAGCUAUUACUAAUGGUGAUGUCCAGCAGCAUGGGGUGGCGGCUAGAUCUACUGCCAAUGCCUCACCACACUCUAAUGGUCAAAAGUUCACCAGAGGAUACAGUUGCAAUGAGUCAGUCAAGACACUUUUAAAACCUGGGGGACUUAUAAAUUCAGAGCCCAUCUCUGUGGACUCAGACAGUGAUGAUGAGGGAGAGCUCAAGGAAGCACAACAAAAUGACUCCAAGUUGAACGACCAGAUAGCUAGUGUGGUAAAAAGUGAAGAGAGUACAAGUGACUCUUACCUAGAGGAUUCUCUCAAUGGUGAAAAUGGUUAUGGGUCAUUAGACCAGCUGCAAAACAGAGGAAGGCCCAAAGAAGAGGGUCAGUCUGGACAAUCAGGUACCUGCCUUGGCAAGCAACAGGUCUGAUAUUUGAAUACUGUUAUUAAAAAUACAAAUGCAAAGAGUUCACAUGUCACGUUUCCCAAACAUCAACAGUGCUGCCUCACUUGAACUUGUGGACCACGCUAACGGGCAGUGAGAUGGGAUACUUUCGUAAACUUUUUGAAGCCAUUUUAAAGGCAAAAUGUCAGACUUUUGAUAAUGUAGAGACGAGUGUUAAAUUAGAUUACUGAAACGGAGGCAAGAAGGAGCUUUUCCUCAGGCUAGGGAAAGAUAACACUUAAAAUGCCCCAAUCAGUUGAAUAUGUUUGCCUUUAGUUUGUUUCUUUGAAAGUUCCACAAAAUACUUAAUGUACGUCUAGCCACUGUUAUGUGGCCGAAUGAGUGUUUAUUAGAAUUACAGGUAAUCCUGAAUUUCAUGUAAUCAUAUAGCUAGUGUAUAUUUGUACAGUCUUUUAGUUAUGUCUAAGAUGAUGUUGGUGUAUGUGUGCUCAGAUUUGCUAAUCAUUUUGUGCUCACUCUAGAUGGUCAUAUGUUAUUCAUUGGUCACUUAAUGGAUGUGGCUUUUGGUGGCUGUUCAACAUGGUUAUUUUUAAACAAACUAUAGCAGUUUGCUAAGUAAUAUAUCUAUAUAUCAAAAGCAAAUAAAAUAACCUCUUGCUUUUUAUCUUUUCUGUUUAUAACUGAAGUAUUCCUUUUUUUUUUUUUUUUUUUUUUUUGGUGUUUGCCAUGACAUACCCCUUAGUCCACUGUAAGAGCAGUUUGCCCUUAUACAAGUGCUGUCCUGAGGUCAGAGAAAAUCGCAGUUUGAGUGACCUCCAUUGCGUCGUACUUUGUGUUUUAAUUGUGCCCAGUUUCAGCCUCUGCAGAACAGUGCUCAUUUUCUCACAUCACUUUAAUUAAGUAGUUCAACUUUUUUUUGAUUGCUUCCAUGAAUGGACUCUGGAUUCUGCCUGUGGUGGCAAAGAGCCUUCACCAUUAACCUGACUUUGUCUGUAUGUUUUAGUUUGUGACCUGCAAUUUAUGUUUGUAUGUUUUUGUUUUGGUUUGUUUAUUUCACUUAAAGCAUUUCUGAAUAAUAAAGUACUGUAUUGUGCUUCUCA